GGCGGGGUGGAAAAGGGGAAGUUGAGGAGGAUGUCGGGGUGGACACGUUCUGUGAAGUUAAACGUGUUUAUUUGCAGUGGGAGAGGGUUUGAACGAACAAUAAUUCCCCCUGAAUGUGAGCUGGAUAAGAACUGACUGACGUGUGUAUGUAAAUAUCCGGAUAAAACUCAAGCGAACGACUCAGAGCCUGAACCGACACAGGAGCUCCAUCAUUUUAAAGGCGUUUUCGCUGCUGCUCUAGGCAAGGAAAUGUCAUUUUAUAUCAACUAAACUUGCUAGAAAUAUACAAACAAACGAUAUCGGCGUGUUUUAACAGACACAGCCUAUUGUUUCGGUGUUGUGAACAUCAGGAGUCAGUGUAGCAUAGUGGCUACACAACUAGCUAGCAUGACAGACAAUAAAACAAGUCGAACAUAUACGGGUUUAAGUUAAAAGAAAGGAACAAAACUAGUUCUUGGUGAGGCUUAUUAUGAGUAGUAGCACAUGAUAGCAUCCUUGCUAAAGGCUACCUGGUUGCCUCAUUAGGAGGUUGAUCCAUGGCAUCCUUCGUGAUGUUAGGUAGACUCAAAUAAAUAAAUAAAAUACAAUUAAUAUGGGUUAUAUAAUAAUGUAUCAGCUUUACUGAGCUUCUUAGGCGGAAAUGAAGGCUGGAAAAAAACAUUAACUAUUAUUUUACACACACUUAACCUAAGCCUUGACAUUUCUUUGAGGAGUUAAAGCUCAUAAACAUGCCGAACACCGGCGUCAGCGCGAUGUUUUUGUCCCGACCCGAGGAAGGAAAUGUUGCCGGACACCUGAUGUCCGGAGCCGCGCCAGGGCCGCAGCUGCCCUCCAACUCCUCUCCCGCGGACACGGACAUGAAGGGAUGCGCUAACGGAGACCUGAUGGACAGCUUCGGGAUCUUCCUGCAGGGCCUGCUGGGGGUGGUGGCCUUCAGCACCCUCAUGUUGAAACGCUUCAGAGAACCCAAGCACGAAAGAAGACCCUGGAGGAUCUGGUUUCUUGACACUUCCAAACAGGCCAUUGGGAUGCUCUUCAUUCACUUUGCCAAUGUGUACCUGUCGGACCUUACAGAGGAGGACCCGUGUUCGCUAUACCUCAUAAACUUUCUUUUGGAUGCUACACUGGGUAUGUUGGUGAUUUACGGUGGCGUGAAGGCCGUCAGUGCUGUGGUCGAGUGGAGGCAGUGGGACUCGCUGCGCUUUGGAGAGUAUGGGGAGCCAGUACAGUGCACUGCCUGGGCAGGCCAGUGUGCGCUAUACAUCCUAAUUAUGAUGUUUGAGAAGGUUUUCAUCAUCCUGGUGCUUCUAAUCCCUCAAUGGAAGAAGCUGGCUAUGCUGAACCCCAUCACAAACCCACAGCUGGAGCUGGCUCUCGUUAUGCUAAUCGUGCCGUUCUUCGUCAACGCACUGAUGUUCUGGGUCGUCGAUAACUUCCUGAUGAAGAAAGGCAGGACAAAAGCCAAGCUGGAGGAGAGAGACGUCGGGGACGGUUCACGAGGUAGCAGCAAGGUGCGCUACAGACGAGCUCUCUCUCACGACGACUCCGAAUCAGAGAUCCUGUUCUCGGCUGAUGACGAAAUGGAGGAUUCGGAUGGCGACGAGGACCUGCGCAGGCUCACCACCGGUCUCAAAACGGUUAAGAAAAAAAAACAUCGACUGGGCAUUCCUGUCUGAUGUCUGAUGUGAGAUCAGGCUUUUUAGACUCCUCAUUCCUGUCACAGACUCACUCUGCUGCCUUCUGCUAGUCCGAUAGAGAGAUCAGCAUGCGUCCAGCCUUCCAUCCGUGCAUGGAUCUGCAGGUAGGAGUAAUAACACGCUCCCGAACAAAGCCCUAGGUACUGAUUAUGGAGCUGUGAAGCCGUGGGGAGCGUCUUGAACAUGGACCCCCUCCAAAACAACAGGAGAGGAAUGUGACUCCUUCCUACUGGCGUCUGUAGCCAUCUCUCUUUACAAACCACUCCUGCUGAUCUCUCAUGUUUCGGUUUUUUUAUUGCUAAGGGAAGUGUGUGCUGGCGAUCGGUGCUGCUUCUUUAUAACUAUAGACUGGAUGUACUGUCCGGUUGUAACGGUUGGAACAGCCGCUCAGCCUGGAUGUGUGUUACACGGAGGACGUAGGCAGCAAAAUCUAACUCGGGAGAAUUCACCCAGCCUUCAAGCACACCUCUACCUUGAGCGUUUAUCUUCUGUCUUGUUGGUGCAUCGUCUCUUCAACUGUAUGUAGAACAAAUAAAAAUAACGAGCGUGCCGGUUUAAUCGUGUUGAACUUGUGUGGUACGAGGAUCUCAGGAACAAAUGGUUUGGCAAACAGUAUAAAGCGAUACAAAGGGUUUUUUUUUUUUUUUUAUUUGUUUUUUUUUUAUUUUUUUUUUUUUAUUAUUUUUUUUUAUAAAGUUACUUACAGUAUGUAUUCAUUUGGUUUAAUAUAAAAUGGAACAUCCUUGAAUAACUGUGAAAAAUGUUUUUUUUGCAAAGUGUGUGUUUGGGCAAUGCUCGUCCGUGUGUGUGUUUGUGUCUGUGUGACUUUAUUGUUCUACGGUGUUUUACAGUUCCUCGGUCCUAGUGGGAGAUUUAGAUUCAUUCCUCGGUCACCUUUUGCACAAUUUGUUUGAUCACUGUGGUUUCAUUGUGUUUUGUUUUUGUUUGUUUUGGGUGUGGGGAAAGGCAUGGAAAUUCUCCUACAUUAUGCCUUCUCUGUAGCAAAGUUCAGAUUUUGGCAUCCUGUAUAAACUUGUAGCAUUUGUUUUCCUCUGAGGAUUCUGGGAGAAUCAGUGUAUACACUCAUAUUUUGUGCAUUUUUGUGCCGCCAGUUGUUCCUGGUGUGUGCGUGAGUGUGUUCUAAUGUGCCCAUGCUUGGCCUGCUGAUUUUUGGACUACUGUGAUGUUCGGCACUAAUGCUGAGGGUGAAUUAUGUUUGUUUUGAUAAACACUGACCACGGACGCUUGGGUGAAGUCGGUGCUCGGACACCGAAAUCUUAAAUACUAACUACUAAGUGAUUGGGAUUACUCACAAGCUGCAUUAUCAUUAUAUGCUUUUUCAAUAAACAAGGUCAAAUUUC